AUGGCAUCAACAAAAGCAGUCAUCCUGCCCUUGUUCGAAGUCGCAGGUCACCCCAUCAUAUUUCACUGCUUGAAGGCUGUCGCGAAGGUCCCUGGAAUCCGUGAAGUUAUUCUCGUUGGAUACUAUGACGAAACCGUCUUCCGAGACUUCAUCAAGUCCGCCAGCACGGAGUUCCCCCAAUUCCGUAUCCAGUACCUCCGCGAAUAUCAAGCUCUCGGCACCGCAGGAGGCCUGUAUCAUUUCCGUGAUGCUAUCCUUAAGGGCCGUCCAGAGAGAUUCUUCGUGCUCAAUGCAGAUGUCUGCUGCUCGUUCCCGCUGGGAGAGAUGCUCAAGCUCUUCGAGGAGAAGGAUGCGGAGGCCGUCAUCCUUGGAACCCGUCUCAGUGACGAUGCUGCCACCAACUUUGGUUGCAUUGUCUCCGAUACUCACACCAAGCGAGUUCUCCACUACGUUGAGAAGCCAGAGUCACACAUCUCCAACCUGAUAAACUGCGGUGUCUACCUGUUCGCUACCGAAUGCAUAUUCCCGUCCAUCCGCAGCGCCAUCAAACGCCGCACCGCCCGCCCUCGUCUACUUUCUUACCCAUCAUCCGAAAACCUCGAAUCGUCCUACGUUGCACAGGAUGAUUCCAAUGAAACUCCUGAGAUCCUACGUCUCGAGCAGGACAUCCUCCCCGACCUCGCGGACAGCAAUCGCUUCUUUGUCCAUGAGACCAAGGACUUCUGGCGUCAGAUCAAGACUGCUGGCUCCGCUGUACCCGCCAAUGCCCUCUACCUCCAAAAAGCCUUCCAGUCUGGCUCUGACGAGCUGGCUGCUCCCUCCGCCACGAUCGUCCCACCAGUCUACAUCCACCCGUCUGCCACCGUCGACCCAACCGCCAAACUAGGACCAAACGUCUCUAUUGGUGCCCGUGCAGUCGUUGGUCCAGGUGUCCGUAUCAAGGAAUCCAUUGUCCUUGAAGACGCCGAGAUCAAACACGAUGCUUGCAUCUUGUAUUCUAUCAUCGGAUGGAGCAGCCGGGUUGGUGCCUGGGCGCGUGUUGAAGGUACCCCCACCCCGGCCGGCAGUCAUUCCACUACCAUCAUCAAGAACGGUGUCAAGGUCCAGAACAUCACUAUCUUGGGUAAAGAGUGUGGUGUUGGUGAUGAAGUUCGUGUCCAGAACUGUGUUUGUUUGCCAUUUAAGGAGCUGAAGCGCGAUGUUGCAAAUGAAGUCAUCAUGUAG